UUCCGGAUAACUUCGGGCCGCCGAUAACGGUCAGUGUGUUCAAAUCUUUGAUGCUAGCUUCAGUUUGCUAGCUACUUCUGGCCUGUAGUGAACUAGAAAGGAAAUAGGAGAAAGAGGAGAGAGAAAGAGGAGCGAGAGAGAGAGAGAGGGAGGAAGGAGCCUGGGUCCGGAAUGACGGUGUUGCAGGAACCUGUCCAGGCCGCUGUCUGGCACGCUUUAAACCACUAUGCCUACCGAGACGCCGUGUUUCUGGCUGAGAGGCUCUACGCUGAAGUGCACUCUGAGGAGGCGCUCUUCCUCCUGGCGACGUGUUACUACCGCUCGGGAAAAGCCUACAAAGCCUAUCACCUCCUCAAAGGGCACAGCUGCACCACGCCACAGUGCAAAUACCUCCUCGCUAAAUGCUGUGUGGAGCUCAGCAAGCUGGCUGAGGGCGAGCAGAUCCUCACAGGGGGUGUGCUGAACAAACAGAAGAGCCAGGACGACAUCGUCACCGAGUUCGGUGACUCGUCCUGUUUCACGCUGGCGCUGCUCGGCCAAAUCUACUGCAAAACCGAUCGCUUAGCGAAAGGAGCCGAAUGUUAUCAAAAGAGCCUGAGUGAGAAUCCUUUCCUCUGGUCGCCCUUCGAGUCUCUGUGUCAGAUCGGUGAGCGACCAGACCCCGAGCAGAUCUUUAAGCUAACGUCUCUGCAGAGCUUCAGUGGGGGCAGUGGAGGAGGCGCCCCCUCUUUCCCCAUGAGCCCAGCCCACACUCCCAGCCACAACACAACUCACAGGCAAAUCGACUCCGUCCUCAUGGAGACUCCCCAGGACACGCUGGAACUGAACCGGCUCAAUCUGGAGUCGUCCAACUCGAAGUACUCGUCUCUAAACACAGACUCGUCCAUGUCUUACAUCGACUCGUCUGUCAUUUCGCCCGACUCUGCGCCUCUGGGCACGGGCGGCUCUCUGCUGUCCAAGCAGGUGCAGAAUAAACCCAAGAGCGGCCGCUGUCUGCUGGGAGGCACGGCCACGCUGAGCCCUCUCACACCCAGUUUUGGGAUCUUGCCCCUGGAGCCGAGCCCAGGAGACCCCUCGUAUCUGCAGAACUACAGUCACAGUGGGACGGGGAUGGAGCCGCCUCCACCACCUGGCCCACCAAAGAAGACGGUCAGCAGAAUCAGUCAGGUGGGGACGAAGUCAGUGUUCGCACAAAGCGGAAACAGUAGAGAGGUUAUUCCUAAUCCAUUUAACCAGACGCAGACCACGGCACCGCAGACCAGUACUACACCUCAAGUACUGAGUCCCACCAUCGCUGCUCCUCCCAACGUGCAGCCUCGACGGAGCUCCAGGCUUUUCACCAGCGCCAGCUCCACCGCCAAGGAGAACAGUAAGAAGUUAAAAAUGAAGUUUCCCACCAAAAUCCCCAACAGGAAGACCAAGACAAAAACAGGAAAGGGAGGAAUCACCCCCUCCAGCCUGAACGAGAGCAUCGAGAUCCUGAAGCUGGACUCGUCCAUAGCCGAGGGGAAGGGCAACAUCAGCUCGCCGCAGUUUCAGGCUUUCACCCUGCAGAAAGCCGCCGCAGAUGGGUUGAUGUCGUUGAUGCGGGACAUCGGGCGGGGUUACCUAGCGCUGUGCUCGUAUAACUGCAGGGAGGCCAUCAGCAUCCUCAGCCAGCUGCCUGCACACCACUACAACACCGGCUGGGUGCUGGGCCAGAUCGGCCGCGCCCACUUCGAACUGGCAGAGUACAUGCAGGCGGAGAGGAUCUUCUCCGAGGUGCGGCGCAUUGAGAGCUACCGGGUGGAGGGGAUGGAGAUCUACUCCACUACACUAUGGCACUUACAGAAAGACGUGGCGCUCUCUGCGCUCUCUAAAGACCUCACCGACAUGGACAAAAACUCACCAGAGCCCUGGUGUGUAGCUGGUAACUGUUUCAGUCUGCAGCGGGAGCACGACAUCGCCAUUAAGUUCUUCACGCGGGCCAUCCAGGUGGACCCGAGCUUCGCCUACGCCUACACGCUGCUGGGUCACGAGCUGGUGCUCACCGAGGAGCUGGAGAAAGCGCUGGGCUGCUUCCGCAACGCCAUCCGCCUCAACAAGCGCCACUACAACGCCUGGUACGGCUUGGGAAUGAUCUACUACAAGCAGGAGAAGUUUAACCUGGCCGAGAUUCAUUUUAAGAAGGCUUUGAGCAUUAACCCCCAGAGCUCCGUACUGCUCUGUCACAUCGGAGUGGUUCAGCAUGCACUGAAAAAAUCAGACAACGCUUUAGAGACCCUGAACAGAGCAAUCAGCAUCGACCCUAAGAACCCACUAUGCAAAUUUCACAGGGCGUCUAUUCUCUUUGCAAAUGAAAAAUACAAGGCUGCUCUACAGGAGCUGGAGGAGCUGAAGCAGAUAGUGCCCAAAGAGUCACUUGUUUACUUUUUAAUAGGAAAGGUCUAUAAGAAGCUCGGUCAGACUCACUUGGCUCUGAUGAACUUUUCAUGGGCCAUGGACUUGGACCCCAAAGGAGCCAACAAUCAAAUCAAAGAGGCCAUAGACAAGCGUUACCUCCCCGAUGACGAGGAGCCCGUCACCCCCGACGACUACCUCUACUACUCCACGGAGAUGGAGGAGUCGCAGGAGAGCAGCAUGACGGACGCAGACGACACGCAGCUCCACACCACGGAGAGCGACGAGGUCCUGUAACACUUCAGCCUCCUGUCUGAACUCGAACACGACACAUAGUUAUGCCAACCUGGGGCUACCCAGUUCAUACGGAGAAGAGAAAAAAAAAAAAACAGAAAAAAAGACACAAACAAGAGGAAGGAGAAGAAGAAGAAUCAAAAAAGGAAAAACAAACUGCUGCUAAUACAGUACCUCCUCAUUUCUGUAUUUUUUAUUUUUCUGUUUUACUGUGCUUUUUUUUUUCCCCCCUUUUUUUUCGUUUUUUAAUUUUAUUUUGCUCCCAUCCCUGUCAUUAUGCCUUAUCGCUGGGUGAAUCCUCCUCAUCCGGUCUUCAUCCACAUAUUAAUGUGGGGGAUUUUACUGUCUAAAAAAAAAAAUCAAUCCUCCAUCCAAAACCCCAGAGAUCCAUUCAUCUCCAUGUUCACGAGUGGAGAUACACGAUCAAGGAGAAGAAGUAGAAGAAGAAGGAGAGGAAAAAAAUAACAAAAGAAAGCAAACCACAGACCUUCAUGGAAAAGUUCUGUCUUAAUGCCUCGGCCUUUUGUGUUUCUUUUAUUCUCAUUUAAUCGAAAUAAAGACCUGUGUAAGAGUUGCAA